CGUGAGAUCAAAUUUUGACAUGGAUUAUAACCCCUUAAAUAUUGAUAAUUCUCUUUAUUCAAGACACAUUCAUUUCCUUGCCUACACUUGCUAGCAUGAUGAUCGCUCCUUUCUGGGUCUCUGUAGCCCUGUUAGCUCCACGGGCUCUAGCAGUCCUUACUGAGACCAUAGCGGCAUCUGCUACGUCCGCUACCUCUACUGCCGCAGCACCGACUUGUACAUCUUCCCUCGUCGCCAGUCUCUGCGACUACCCGGAACCUGGCGCAGACUUUGCCGUCGCCAUUGAAAGCAGGGCCUCCUGCUGGGACUACUGCAACGCCCACCCUCCCUGCAAUUUCGUUAUCUUCGCUGCAGGCAACCCGACCACUGGCACCGGCACGUGCUGGCUGUACCCAGGUGAAACCUUCGAUGCGAGCAAAGGCAGUUCGAAUUGCUCCAAUCCCACACUAUCUGUCUACAACCAGCCCGUGUGUUCCGGCGGAAGCGCUACCACCACUGCUGGCGCCUGCACGGCCACCGCGACUCCCUCUGCUAUUGCCUCGGUCUGCGGGUACCCAGCGCCUAGUGACUGCUUUUACGACUGUGUGGCUAGUACGGGUGCAUCGAAUUGCUUAAGUGAAUGUGCAAAGGCCGAUUCCUGCAGCUAUGUCGUCUUUAAUGUGGACAAUUCAAGUAACUCGCCGUAUGCCUCAGGCACUUGCUGGAUCUAUGCGAAUGGCACAUUCAACGCCGAGUCCGUGACCACUUGUAGUGGCACUCCAGAGCAGUUUGUGUAUAACAACUCAUGUCCCAAGUCAUCAACUUCGUCGUCCUCCGUGUCCUCAUCUGUCACGGAAACCUCUAGUGGCACUGGAACCGCAGGCACUAUUUCGGGAUCAACUACCAGCGCUGAUACGAGCUCUGAUAAAAAGAAAACCGGAGGCGGUACUACAGGCGCAAGUUCUGCGUCUGUCCGCCUCUCGCUCACUAAUCCAUGGGCUAUAGGCGUGGCUAUCUUAAUAUGGCAGGCUCUUUGAUGAUAUCCUUGUGUGUACUACUUGUUUGUUCAGCUAAACAAGCUAUUGGAAACGACAUAUCAUGUAUUACUGGACUGUAUAUGAGGUCAAAUCUUCUCAGAUUCCUCUCACUAUUGUAGAGGGUAUGCCAGUUUAUUUAUCCCAAACUGU